AUGCCGACAGAACUCGUCACGCCGGAUAUCUUCCUGGCGCGCCUGACGCAGGCUUUCGAGAAGCCGGAUGCGGGAGCCGUGUGGCUCACGGCGAAGCGGUACACGUACGAUGGCGCGGACGCGGCGAUGUCGGGUGACGAGGACGAGCACGAUGUGCUCCUGCGCGCAGCGCAGGGCGAGGACAAGUUCAGCACGAGGAUCGAACCCGCCCAGCUCCCCCUCUUCCACCAGACCUACGGCGCGCUCCUCAAGGCCCAGAUGGGCGGCAAGAUGCGCAAGCGUGACAAGAAGCGCGAGCGCGCGCGCGCCGACGCCCAGGCCAAGCGGCGGAAGGAGCUGUAUGUCGACGUCGCCGUCACGGGCGCGAAGCGCGGCGCGGGCCGCCGCCAGAGGCAACGCAAGGUUGCGGCGCAGGCGAAGAAGGAGAAGCAGAGGGAGGAGAUUGAGCUCAGGGAGGAGAGGAGGAAGGCCGAGGCGCGCGACUAG